AUGGCAGGCGGCCAAGGCUCCAUGCAUCUCAACCGCGGGGGGUACCCGACCUCCCAACCCCAACCUUCCCCGCCCUUCUCCAUGCACAUCCCGCCCGCAAUGUCCGCAAUUACCUCCGCCAUACCCACGCACCAACCCUACCCGGGGCUCAACUCUAUUCCAGGUAUGCACCCGACUGCCACCUCCCUGGCGGGUAUGCAGACUACCAUGCCCUCCGUCAAUCCCAUCCCGGGCCUGCAUUCGUUUUCCAGCAUCCCCAUGCCCCCGUUUUCAAACCUCAUCCACGCAACACAGGACCCGCACACCCAAUCGCUUAGCAAUAGUCAUCUCUCCAACCAUUUUGGCUCCCCGGCUCUCCUCUCGGGUGCCAUCGAUAAGAAGAGGAGGCAGUUGCGCAAGCCUCGCACCUCGCCUUAUGGCGCCAUCUUGGGCGAUGAUGCCCAGACCAUGAUGAUGGCCGCGCAGUCGCAUGCCGCGCAGACCCUGGCUGCCCAUUCAGACCCCACCGGCCUGUCGCAUUCCGUCCCAACGUACGAGGCUGAUGGCAUUCAGUUUAAGAUCUUGGAGCAGUUGCCGGAUACUAAAAUUAACAGGCUGAAGACUGAGAAGAUCAAGCCGAUUGAAAGCCUCACGUUUAGCGACAUCAAGGCGUACAACCGCAACCAGCUACGCGCCUACUGCUCUGUGUAUGGGAUUCGACGAAAAAAGAAGGCCGAGAUGGAAAGGGACAUGGCGCGCUACGCAGCCUUGUUUCAUCCCAACGAUCCAGCCUACGAUUUUAGCAAGUUUGCGCCCACGGAAUAUGCAGAUGGGCCCAUCCCACGCCGAAAGAUACCCGUCACAAAGGAGCAAAAGGAGCUGGCCGCGGGCGACAUGAAGCGCCUGACUAAUGCCCUACAACAGCGGCCGCAACCAAGUGUAGCUUCACAACAGCACUAUGGCUCGAGCAACACUACGCACCCGGGCUUAUCAAACUCGCAUGGUUUGCACCAUCAUCCCACGAGCGUUGUGUCAUCUGCGUCGCGGCUCCAUGACAUUCAUGGAAUGCACUCGACAGCCCACACAACUCAGCAUCUCGGGACGCACGGUGGCCACCAUGACAAUGAGGACCACGGCGUCGUCGGAGCUACAGACUUGAUGUCGGUGCCUGAAAUGCAGGUUCCAAAUCAUCUGCUACAAAUCACUAAUCAAAUUGGUGAAGAAUGA